GUUGGCAGUGCGACAAUGUAAUGCAACAUCGUUCGCGGAGCUACGGAAAUGGCGGCUUGACAACAGCCUGGCGCGUUGUUCGAAUCCCUUGAGGCGGUUGUGACCUCACGACGCAUACGUUGCCCAGGCUUGGGGUGCGAGUGUCAGGCACUGACAACCAUCUCCCGUCCGAUGUGCCGUUUCCCUCAUUUCUUUUCAUCGACGAUAAGUAACAGCAAGAAUGUUCAAGGGCUUGCUCGCUAUCACUCUUGCCGCUACCGGUGCCCUGGCUCAGCAGUGGCCCAAUGGCAACACCGGAGACUUUGAGAUCUUCCUUGGUGGUAAGGCGUUGUGCGGCGCCCUGUAUCUGCGGAAUGGCCAAGGCAAGUCCGAGACGUACGACGUAGAAGUCGGUCAAGCGAUCGUCAAGGUGCGUUAUCCUCUCGCUGGCUUGUGCAACGGGCCCACUGACGAGAGCGAUGCUCAGUUCCGCCUGACUGUCGGCGAGCGUAUCAAGAUUUUGUCAAAUAUUGGCGGUGUCGAUCUCGUUGACAGCGGCUAUGACGCCAAUACGGGCAAAUGGACCGUUACCACCAAUACCAAUGCCCCUAUCUCCGGUACGAACAUCGUCGCCGCCUGUGGCUGUAAUGCUACGAUGACGCUGGCCUUCGACGUUCCUCUUCGCGGUGGCCGUACGUCAGAGCGUUUACCCUGAAUAGUCGAGCCUAACUUUCCAUUUGUCUUGUAGCCCCUAAUGCCUUCGUUCAUCUCGAUCAAGGCAAGAUCACGGAGGCAUGUGCUGUGUCGCCAGCUUGCAAGGACCUUGGAAUCAC